GUUCUAGCAUUUUCCACCAGAGGCUAAACAGCCUCCCUCAAUAAAUAGAAGUAACCGCUUCACUGUACGUACAAUACCGGAGAAGGAUUUCUGAUUGCGGUUGUUCGGAGGAAGGGAAGAAAAUGGCGGAGGAAUUGGCUUUGGACUUGGAGGAACUCAAGCACCUUCAAAGCAUCGCGAAGAGGCCUCGGGUUCUCUCCCUCAUAUCAUCUGAGAUUAGCAACCUAGAAAAGGAUUCGAAGAAGGCUGAGCCUUCUCCUGCUGCCCAAAUUCCAACUCCAAUAUCAACUUCGGCUAAGUUGCCUUCUAACCCAGCACUGAUUUACUCUACACUUAGUUCAUUCAGCUGGGAUCAGGAUAAUGACAAAGUUAAGAUAUAUAUCUCUUUAGAGGGAGUUGACCAGGAAAAAAUGGAGACAGAGUUCAAGCCUAUCUCAUUUGAUGUCAAAUUCCAUGAUGUUCAAGGGAAGAAUUACCGAUGUGCCAUUCCAAAAUUGAGCAAGGAGAUUGUACCUGAGAAGUCUAAGGUGUUGGUUAAGCCUUCAAGGGUUGUCAUCACUUUGUUCAAAGCAUCCAAAGGCAAUUGGUUAGAUCUGCACCACAAAGAGGACAAGCUGAAGCCAAGUUUGGACAAGGAACGAGAUCCCAUGGCUGGAAUCAUGGACUUAAUGAAGAACAUGUAUGAGGAAGGGGAUGAUGAAAUGAAGAGAACAAUUGCCAAAGCAUGGACUGAUGCAAGAUCUGGCAAGACAGCAGACCCUCUGAAUGGCUACCGCUAAACCAGAGCUUGGAAAAAUGGGGUUCAUGGAUGACAGGGAUAAUUCUCAUUGAUGCUUUUGUUAUUUUCACCCAGUUUUUGUUAGAUAACGAGCAUGUGAUGGAUGUUAUCUUUUAUUCCAAGUUGUGUGAAGCUUUGUUUCUGAACAUUUUGUUAAUUUUUCUGGCUAUAUAAUCUUUCCAACAUUAAUACCGUGUAGAAAUGUGCCAGCUUUACUAAAAUUGAUGUUGGGCU